AUGUCAGACGCUUCAUGCAUGCUACACCGUUUACCGCUCAUUCGAAACGUUAUUACAACCAGGGACACGUACAGUACUGCUACGUGCCUAGCUUGUAAAUAUUAUCGCCGACCAGACUCAGGUUCCUUGAUCAAAGGGUCCAGCCUCAGCCUAUACUUGUAUCAGAGACGCGUGAUUAACAUCAAAUUAUGA